UGCUUCUUUUUCUCUCGGCUCUUUCCCUGCGCGGAGGGCCGUAGGCAGCUAUGGCCCCCAGCCGCAAUGGCAUGAUCCUGAAGCCGCACUUCCACAAGGACUGGCAGCGGCGCGUGGCCACGUGGUUCAACCAGCCCGCCCGGAAGAUCCGCAGGCGCAAGGCCCGGCAAGCAAAGGCGCGCCGCAUCGCCCCUCGCCCGGCGUCGGGCCCCAUCCGGCCCAUCGUGAGGUGCCCCACGGUGAGGUACCACACCAAAGUGCGAGCCGGCCGCGGCUUCAGCCUGGAAGAGCUGCGGGUGGCCGGCAUUCACAAGAAGGUGGCCCGGACCAUCGGCAUCUCCGUGGACCCCAGGAGGCGGAACAAGUCCACCGAGUCCUUGCAGGCCAACGUGCAGCGGCUGAAGGAGUACCGCUCCAAACUCAUCCUCUUCCCCCGGAAGCCCUCUGCCCCCCGGAAGGGAGACAGCUCCGCUGAAGAGCUGAAACUGGCCACACAGCUGACCGGUCCAGUAAUGCCCAUCCGGAAUGUCUACAAGAAGGAGAAAGCCAGGGCCAUCACGGAGGAAGAGAAGAAUUUCAAGGCGUUUGCCAGCCUUCGGAUGGCCCGUGCCAACGCCCGGCUUUUUGGUAUCCGGGCAAAGAGAGCCAAGGAGGCUGCAGAACAGGAUGUUGAAAAGAAAAAGUAAAACACUGUUCGGACUUGUAAUAAAUCAGUAAAGCCGCCUCCCCA